AUGCCGGGCGUCCGUAGCCUCCUCCUCGCCCUCGCCGGCGUCUCUCUCGCUCCCGCCGUGCUCGCCGCAGACGCCUCGACAGACUCGUCGGACGUCCAUGCCCUGAAGACAGACACCUUCAAGGACUUCAUCAAGGAGCAUGACCUCGUCCUGGCCGAGUUCUACGCCCCCUGGUGCGGCCACUGCAAGGCCCUCGCUCCCGAGUAUGAGAAAGCAGCCACCGAGCUCAAGAGCAAGAACAUCCAGCUCGCAAAGGUCGACUGCACCGAGGAGGCCGACCUCUGCCAGGAGUACGGCGUCGAGGGAUACCCUACGCUCAAGGUCUUCCGUGGCCUUGACUCGCACAAGCCUUACAACGGUGCUCGCAAGUCCCCAGCCAUCACCUCGUACAUGAUCAAGCAGAGCCUGCCAUCAGUCUCGGUUGUGACAGCAGAAAACUUCGAGGAGGUCAAGUCCCUGGACAAGGUCGUCGUCGUCGCCUUCAUUGGCGAGGACGACAAGGAGACCAACAAGACCUACACUGCCCUCGCUGACUCAAUGCGGGACGAUGUCCUCUUUGCCGGCACCAGCAGCGCUGAGCUGGCCAAGAAGGAGGGUGUCUCGCUCCCCGCUGUUGUCCUCUACAAGGAAUUCGAUGACCGCAAGGACGUGUAUGAUGGCAAGUUCGAGGCCGAGGCUCUCAAGGCUUUCAUCAAGUCCUCCAGCACACCCCUCGUUGGUGAGGUUGGCCCAGAGACCUACUCUGGAUACAUGUCGGCUGGCAUCCCUCUUGCAUACAUCUUUGCUGACACUGCUGAGGAGCGUGAGCAGUACGCUAGUGACUUCAAGGACCUCGCCAAAAAGCUAAAGGGCAAGAUCAACUUCGCUACCAUCGACUCCAAGGCCUUUGGUGCUCACGCUGCCAACCUCAACCUUAUCCCUGAGAAGUUCCCUGCCUUCGCCAUCCAGGACACUGUUUCCAACAAGAAGUACCCCUUCGACCAGGAGAAGAAGCUCACCAAGCAAGACAUCACCAAGUUCGUUGAGGGUGUCAUCGCCGGUGACAUUGCUCCUAGUGUCAAGUCCGAGGCCGUCCCAGAGACGAAUGACGGCCCAGUCACCGUCAUCGUCGCCCACACCUACGAGGAGAUCGUCAUGAACAAGGACAAGGAUGUCCUCGUCGAGUUCUACGCUCCUUGGUGCGGACACUGCAAGGCUCUCGCUCCCAAGUACGACCAGCUCGGCAGCUUGUACAAGGACAACAAGGACUUCGCCUCCAAGGUGACCAUCGCUAAGGUCGAUGCCACCGCCAACGACAUCCCAGACGAGAUCCAGGGCUUCCCUACCAUCAAGCUUUUCCCUGCCGACGAUAAGGAUAAGCCAGUCGAGUACACCGGCUCUCGCACCAUCGAGGACCUCGCCAACUUCGUCCGUGACAACGGCAAGCACAAGGUCGACGCCUACGAUGAGAAGAAGGUCGAGAAGGAUGGCAGCGAUGUCACUGGAAAGCCAAAGGAUGCCGAAGCCCCACCAAAGCCUUCUGAUGCUCCCGAGUCUGAGGAGAAGGCUGACAAGGAGCAUGAGGAGUUGUAG